CCCUAGGCGAGGCGACCCGACGGGAAGCAGAGCAGGCGAGCGGCAGCGAAGAAGGCUGCAGACUGCAGGGGACCGCGAAGGCGCGGCAUCAACGGUCAGGACGCCAGUAGCCAGCUUUCUAUCAUUGGGAGCCGCCAGAACCGAGAUCUGAAUCCUGCCGUGCUUGGGCAAUGAGUGCAGGUGGUGCGUUUGGUGGAAAUAGGGGAGCGAGACCUGUACCUCCUGAAAAAGGUGUAUUUCCACUCGAUCACUUGCAUGAGUGCGACAUGGAGAAGAAGGACUAUCUUGCCUGCCUGAAAUCAACGGGAGCUCAGUCUGAAAAGUGCCGGAUGUUCUCAAAGAAAUACUUGGAGUGUAGGAUGGAGAGGAACCUGAUGGCAAAGCAAGAUAUGUCAGAGCUUGGCUUCAGUAAUGCAGACGUUGUGGUUACACCUGCCGAGGAGAACAAGAAAUUGGAGAGCCCAACGAGCGAUUUGAAAGAGAAGAAAUAGCUGGUUAAUUUGCAGUGUCCUUAUCUACGAGAGCAGUGGAAAUACAAAGAGAGAAUAACAAGUAAAAAUUGUGUGAACCGACACCAAAAUGUUGAAGAUUCUUGUUUUGAUGUUAGAUUUUCAGAGUAAAGGAUAGUAGGACAUGGUUCAGAAGUAAAUUUCUCAUGCCUGUAUAUCUCAAACUCUUUUAAGUGUUGUCCGAUUUGCUGGGGAGACUUCCAGCUAUUGAUUUGUUACAAUCCUCUCUGUGUUAUUUCCACAAGAGCAAAUAUGAACUCUUGAGUCUGUUUCUCAUA